AUGCUCGCCAGCCGUGUUGCAGCCCGCGCUGCCCGAGUGGCAGCUCCACGCUUCUCCAUCGCCGCCACCAGAGGCUACGCCGAGCCCGCAAAGAGCCCGGCGCAGCAGCAGAACUCCAAGCCUCCUGUCCCACUCUUCGGCCUUGACGGCACUUACGCGAGUGCAUUGUACACCGCCGCCGUCAAGCAAGGCACCCUUGACACCGUCUCCAAAGCCCUCGACAACCUCCUCAACACCUUCAAGCGCGACACCGCCCUUCAAACCAUCCUCGGCGCGCCCACCCUCUCGGGCUCCGACAAAUCCCAAAUCAUUGCCGAGAUCCAGAAGAGCACCAAUGUGCAGGACAAGGGCGACACGCUCCGGCACUUCCUCGAAACGCUGGCGGAGAACAACCGCUUGAACCAGCUGGAAGGCGUGUGCGAGAAGUUCGGGACGCUGAUGAGCGCUGCGAGAGGCGAGGUCGAGAUGAUUAUUACCAGUGCCGCGCCGUUGGACCAGAAGGUGGUGAGGCAGUUGGAGAAUGCGGUUAGCAAGAGCCAGUAUGUGGGGCAGGGCAAGAAGUUGAAGGUUGUGCCGAAGGUCAACCCGGACAUUCGUGGUGGCCUCGUUGUCGAGAUCGGCGACCGCACCAUCGACCUCAGCGUCUCCGCCAAGAUGGCGCGCAUGAACAAGCUGCUUUCGGAUACUUUGUAG